UUAUGUCAAACAUGGUGGCGAAGCACAUGGAGCACACGGCGGCCUCGACUGGUCGUGUUGACAGCAGUGUUUUGGAAGUUUUCAAAACUCUGGCUGAGGGAAAUGACCAAGCUAGAUCAUUAGCGACUAAUUUCCUAAUUUCACAUUUACAAACACAACAGAAGACGCCGGAGAUAUGCAGCGAUUUGAGCUACUCUUUGCAGAGGUUAAUCAAAGGUCUGUCAUCAAACCGGAAAUGGGCUCGGCUUGGUUACUCAGUUGCUCUGACUCAGAUCCUGCGAGUAUUCGAAGUGGUCACUGGACAGUUGGUGUUGGAGGGGAUUGACAAGCACCUGGUGGUCACACAGCAUGACAGUAAGAAUGAAGCUGGUGCAGUGUACAUGGGCAAGGCCUUCGGGUUCCUGGCUAUCAUCCAGUCCGGGAAGCUGUUUCAGAGUGAGCCCGGUCUGGUGUCGGAGGUGGUUGAAAAUCUGCGACACAUCUCCACACAGAAGAGCUACCUCCAGCCCAUCUGCUAUCAGGGACUGGUCUCUCUCGUUGCAAAGGUGUCAGGUGAAGUGUUCACAGCGCAGGUGUGGCCGCACCUGGAGGCGGAUCUGGUGCUAGGCUGGGACGACUGCUCACCUAACACUCUCCUCCUUGUCUACUGGUCAGCCAAGGUCCACAAGAAGAAACUGAACAAGACUUUUAUGACUAAACAUUGGGGAAGCAUGAAGUUAUUCGGGGAGAAGAACUAUGCCAACAUGCUACAGGUGUUGCAGAAAUCUGCCGAAAAUCAUCCUGUUAUACACAGCAUCCUUGACGUCAUUGUAGACGACCUUGCAGCUAGCGGCCAUGAUGUUGUGGGAUUCUUCAACCAAAUUGUCUUGAAGCUCCUCGAGGGCAGCCACAGCCACAAGUACCUGGGUCUCCACCUGUACCUCAAGAUGGUGCCCAACAUCACCGACCCAGCACAGUUGCGGAAGACCUUAAGCCCAGCUAUUAUGAACAUGUUGGUCUUCAACUUGCCCCGAAAAGACAGCACUGCCCACACAACAUGUCACAGCAUUGUCGGAAGCCUACUGAGCAAGUUGGGAGCAGGAAACUCAGACAUGGACACGGCUGUACUCGAAUGUUUCACCAGGGCCCCCAGCAGCCUCAACUUUGACAAUGUUACCAGUACCCACACAGUGUCCGCCAUCCUACACAAGAUAUCCGAAGAGGCAGUGAAACAAUAUGCAGCGUCUCUCAUGGCGUAUAUCAACGGCACAGACAGAACGUUCCCCGGUGGUCAGGAGAAGCUGGCUGUGAGUCAGUUCUGCUCCAUGUUGACGUCACCCAAGGUCAAGGACCCCAAGUGGCGGCUGUCUGUUCUACAGUUCCUGUUGGCGCGAUCCUUCUUCACAGUUACCUGUCCAAACAACUCUUUACCUCAGUGUGAGGUGUUGGCAAACCAGCCCAACAAUGCAGUCAAGCAGUGCCUCCGAGCCAACUUCUACAAGGCCCUCAACACCCUGGCAACAUUGAACCCAGAGAAGAGCAGCAGGGCCGAGCACUUCCAGUCCUAUGUGGGUCUCGUGUAUGAAGUGGUCAAGUACACAGACACUCUGAUCAAGUCCCCGGACUCUGUGACUCUGCAGCUGGAGACUGGUCUUCAGGAGGAGAUUCUGGAGAUCUGGGAAGAGGUGGUGAAAAUAGCAGCACAGAUUGAGAAGAAGAGGAAGAAAGAGAAGUCCAUCUCGCACCACGACGCCUUCCUCAUGCUCUUCACCUACGUGGGCCUGUUGCUGUUCUCCGAGCCUGAGAGUGUCGUGACAGUCAUGGAGGACCUUCGCGUCUGCUACGAGAAGGCCACUCAGAAGAAGAAAGUCAAGCAGGACGAUGAGCCUGCAUGGAUGGAGGUGGUCACAGAGGUUCUGGUCAGUAUGAUGUCACAGAGGUCCAACCUGACCCGCGUCAUCGCCAACACUGUCUUCACGGCACUGCAGAGCAAUCUGUCCAGGGAGGCUCUCGGCAUCAUUGUCACUGCACUGCAGCCAAAUAAGACCGCAGAUGAAGAAGAGGAUAUGCUGGCAUUCGAGGAUGACAUUCCAGAGGAGAUGGAUGCUGACUCCGUGACAGACGACACGACGACGACGACAGACGACAACAAUGAGAACAGCGAGGACGACAGCGAGGAUGAGAGCAGCGCUGAUGAGGAGCCUGAAGUCACAGUGGAUGAGGCGCUGCGGGAGACGGUGAAAGUCGCGCUGGGGAAGGCGGCUGUAGCAGACGACGAAGAUGAGGAUGAAGAAGAGAGUGAGUCUGACCUCAGUGACUCUGAGAUGAUGAAGUUGGACUCGAAGCUGGCCGAGGUGUUCCGGAGCCUGAAGAAAGGGCGUUCCCAGGAGGAGAAGGAGAAGCGACGGCAGAUCCUGCUCUUCAAAUCCAGACUGCUGGACCUGGUGGAGACGGUGGUGAAGAGCCAGCUGUCGGCCUCGCACGCCAUGGAUGUGGUGGAGCUGUUGCUGCAGCUGAUGGAAGCCGGACAUCGACGGACGGAGGAGAAACAGCUUGGUGACAGGGCAUUCGGCAUCUUCCGACGUCUUGCCAAGAAGCAGAAAGAGAUAAAGAGUGAUCCUGAGUUUGAGAAGACCAGUGCCUUUGUGAUGAUGGACAACCUAAUACAGUUCUCCCGGAAAGCCCACAGCCAGGACCUUGUGAAGGCGGUCUCUGAUGCGUGUCUUGUCAUUAUCCGUCUCUUGAUUCACCAGAAACUUGAUGCCCCCCCAACUGUGAUGACAAGGUCAAGGUCAAAGUCAGAUGGCGUACCAAUUGACAAAGAGGAAGCCUACCUUCAGGAGGUGUUGGACAAAGUGAGGUCCUCCUUGUCGGACUUCCUCUACAGGCGGGACCACCGUCUACACAUGGUGUUCUUCCACAACAUGCUGAACAAACAUCCCAUGAUGUUCUGGCCGCUGACUGAUCUCCUCCUGCAGUCUCUUAACGAUCCCAAGGUCAAGGUUCACUCCAAGACUCAGGCCUGUUCCCUGCUGUCAGCUCUCUUCACAACAGGCAAGAACCUGCCCCAUGAUGUCGGAGAUGACCACUGGGGACAGUUCUCCUCCGCACUGUCCACAACAUUGCACACGCUGUUGCUGGGGCUGUCGGUGGAGAGCUUCAAGCCCAAGUACACGCUGGAGCUGCUGCAUGUCGUCGUCCGCCUCUCUCUCAUCCACCCGGACACGGCGCGCCAGGUUGCAACCAAUGAAGUGACGGAGAAGCUGACAGGACUCAAGUCUCACUUCAACAAGGAUACUCGCUGCAUGUGUAACCGGCUGCUAAACUUCACCAGGCAAAAGACUGGCAAGAAACAGAAGCAGAAGAAGAAAAAGAGGACGAACUCUGGCCAGCAGAAUGGGGACGUGGUGGAGAACAUGGCAGAGCUGACCUUGGUUAAUGGAGCAGGAGGAGAUAACUCUAGCGACCUCCUCUCCGAUUCCAUGACGAGUACCAUGUCGGUCGACAGUGACAGUCCUCGCAAACGGCGGUCCUCGGAUGAGGUUGAUGCCAAAUCUGUAGGGAGCUCAAGAAAGAAGAAAAAGACUGCAAAAAAACAAAAAUAAUUUGAGACAAGUAUUAAGAAUACGUUUUGACAUGGAGAUAUGAUGCUAUGUAGCUACUGUGCCAGUCCCGGGAACGGACGGAUACAAUGGUGGAAGGAAGGUGGUAAACAAGGUGUGAGUGUUGAUGAAUCCUCUCUUCACCUGCCCCCACUCUCCCAGCAGCUUCACGGAGCAAUGCAAGAAACCUGUGAUCGUGGGUUCGAAUCCACGUUUGCCCCGAUUAUGUUUCUAGGUUUGUCAGCUCCAUACUCGAGCUUGUGGGUUUCACCAAAGUGGUAAACGUCUGAGACCUGCAUCACUUCGGUUUUUCCUCCUACAUUAAGCUGACAGGUCGAGAUGGAACUGAAGUACUGUUCAAGCAACAUACAUGCUUCUGAUGGAUGGGUGGGGUAUCUAUAGGGGCACAGGUGGCCCAGUUGUCUAAGGCGCCGCGAUUUGCUGUGCAGAGUUGCGUCCCUUGAUCACGCCAGAAACCUAUGAUUGUGGGUUCGAAUCCCGGUUCGCCCCAAUUAUGUUUCUAGGUUUGUCAGCACCAUACCCGUGCUCGUGGGUUUCACCGAAGUGGUAAACGUCUGAGACCUGCAUCACUUCGGGCUUUCCUCCCACAUUAAGCUGACACGCCGUGAUAUGACUGGAAUACUGUUAAAAGUGGCGUUAAACCAAACUCACUCACUCCAAUAUGAUGGUUGGGUGUACAUGAUCUGUGUGACUGUAAGUGACCGAGCAGCUGGUGGUUAUUUCGGAGUGAUUAUAAACUAUUACUGAAUGUACUGUAGCAGAUCUUCCAUCUGACCAUGUGUAUUUAUGCCACUGGUUUCAGACAAUGUUACUCUAUUCUUGUUAUGAUUUUCGUCUGUGGAGGUAAUACACUAAUUAUCUACACAUGAUAUCUGUGCAAUAAUUUAUAGCACUGUGAAUAAAAUGUAGAUAUGAACACU